AUGUCGAAGAAAAGCGACAAGAAGAAAGGGCGUUCUGCCAUCAAUGAAGUUGUAACUCGUGAAUACACAAUAAACGUACACAAGAGGAUCCAUGGCAUGUAAGAUUCGCGUUUUCUGGCAGUUUUUGCUAAUAAAAGUNGUUUGCGGUUUGCCGUUUCCCACGACAAACCUGAUGCUAAAGGUCCCUAUUGUUUCGAAUAGUUACAACACUGUUCCAACAUUGCGACGUUGUGUUGCGCUAAAAUUCGCCGUUGCGAAUCGUCGCGUGUAUAGUGUAACAUCAACUUUAAGGCACCUCAUUUCUAGCCUGCGUAGCAUGCAGGCGCCGGUUAUUCUUUUAAGGCCGUUGUCCUCGAGAUUUCUUCCUUCGCCUGCUAGACAGGUUACUUCAUUUCGCUUCAAUAUAUCACAACUAUUCCUUUCCAUUUGUAAAAUAAGCUCUUGUCAGAGAAAUAUGUAGGUGCCUUUGAAGGGCAUUCAAUGGUAGGAUUUAAAUGACUAACACAUUUAUUUUCUGCUCUCAAACCUCCUCAAGCAUUACUCCUGAUUACUCCUUAGCUUGCUUAUUAUCACAACCCACCCUCGCGUAACCUCGCGUGCGCUUCAUGCACCUUCCACGAAGCGCGCAUUAAGGACUGGUAACAACAAUCUUAAUCCCAUAAUUCCCUGUUGCCGUGCAUGAGUCUUUCUCUCUCAAAUAGCCCUCGAAGGUUUGUGUGCAACUCAUGAAAACUUCAAAAUUAUCCAAUCCAUCAAGGCCCUUAACUUUGAAAUUUCAAUCUUUUCUGCAUCGGUCCUUGUUUUUUAACUAUUCUUUAUUUGUCUUGUAAGAUGUCGAAGAAAAGCGACAAGAAGAAAGGGCGUUCUGCCAUCAAUGAAGUUGUAACUCGUGAAUACACAAUAAACGUACACAAGAGGAUCCAUGGCAUGUAAGAUUCGCGUUUUCUGGCAGUUUUUGCUAAUAAUAGUAGAAUAAAAUUUCUUGACCCAGUCAAGGUCGAGGACCUUUUUUGAAGUCUAAUCUCGUGGAUUUUUUUAAAUUUCAAAGGUUAAAAUUUCCACAAUUUUACACCACAGGCAAAGCAGUCUGUACUUCAACGUCUAUAACCCUUUUUAUAGUUAAAGCAAAAUCGUUGUUUUUCGAUGUCUCAAGUCAGAUGAUUGAUGGAUCCAUUGUUUCACAAAAUUUAAGAAAAAUAUAAAGAAUUAAAUAAAAUCUGUAACUAUUUUCUGUUGUGGUUAUUCGGGUUUAUAAUAAUACUUUCCACGAGAAGACGAGGUUUUUUUUUUGCGAGGACAGGUAAUUAACUUUGUGUCGCACAUAUGCGGCUGAGAUCAUGUCUAAUGGUUCUACCUGUGGUAAAAGUUAUACAUGUGUUGUUAGUAUGAGAUUUACAUGACCUCGUAUUCUCGGAUAUUUACAAAAUUUCUGCAAAGCCUUUACAUUCUCGAUGCAUACAUUUAAUUUUCUGUUGUUGUCUAUUCUUGUUCACUAUUUGCAUAUAAAAUAAGAGUAUUGCAUGCAUAUUAAAAUGCAAAAUGCUUUUAACAGUGGAUUCAAGAGACGAGCUCCAAGGGCUAUCAAGGAAAUAAAGAAGUUUGCGGAAAAGAUGAUGGGGACCCCAGAUGUCCGUGUAGACACUAACUUGAACAAACAUGUGUGGUCUAAGGGUAUCAGGUGUGUUUUCUUUACUGCUACGACCAAAAUCACUCAACUGUUAGAUCCCCGCAAAGAAGAGUAUGAGAGUAUGGUUUCACAGAUUUGAGUCCAGCUACAUUGAAAGGUUCAUGAAUUUAAAAAAAUCAAGUCAUCAUGUAUUUGAGAAAACAUGCUGACUUUACUGUUAUCUAACCUAAAAAGCCACUGUAUUUCCCACUAGAAUUGAUUGAGAACAAACUUCCACAUACGACCACCUCUCACAACAUCCUCGGAGACUCGGGAAUGGUCAGUCAGGUCAGGAAAAACAUUGGUGAAAGUCUUUAAGGACAGCAAGAGAGGUUUCUAAGAGUGACCUCCUCUAAGGGACCUCCAAACAUUGGCAUUUGAGGUGCAUGCUUAAACGCACUUAUACAAUUGGGGAAACAAUCAAGCAAACUAAGUUACCACUGGAACCUCAUCCGAAAACAAAAGACAGGGUGCAAAGAAAGUCAGUUUUACAGCCUGCCAUUCGGGCAAGCUGUAGCUAGCAUGUACUAGCCCAUAAGUCAUUUCAACUAGCCCCCAAACCCUUUUUGAUUAGCAGGACUGAUUACAAUCCUUCUGUAAUUUGAAUUUCCCAAAAAAACAGCACUUUCCUGUCGGGCAAGUUAAGAACAAAAAUCACUAGCCCAAUGGCAAAAUCCACUAGCCCCGGGCUAUCAGACAGGAAUUUCUUCGCACGCUGCAAAGAGCUGCAACAUACAGGGGUUCAAUGGAAUAGGAGGGUUUUUUAAAGUGGUUCGACACCUCUGCAUGCUUAUGGAAGGUUUUAUAGUGAUUUUACUUGAUCCGUGAAAUAGGUAGUGGAAUACUAUACGCUAUGGUGCACUAAUUCUAUUGUCUUCUUUUGUCGAUUUAUAGCUAUUUUGCACUAGUUGUUUUAAUCUGUUUCACUGGUCAAGUAAAAUCACUCUAUUGUAGUUCUUUUUCUCUCAUCUGGCUUUAUUGUUGUUCUUCACUGUAUUGGAAAAGUUUAGUUUACACAGGUAUUGUUUUGGCCAAGGACAUUUCUCUCAAUGUUGUAUUUUUAUUUUGGUUUUCUAGAAAUGUACCAUUUAGGGUCAGAAUUCGUCUUGCUCGUAAGAGAAAUGAAGAUGAAGACUCUAUUCACAAAUUGUAUACCCUUGUUACUCAUGUUCCUGUUGCUACAUUCAAGGGUAAGUCUUUCAUUGUUUUAUAA